GAGAAAGGACCCGCAAUUUUCUCAAUUAGGCGCCAUAAGAGAGACAUACACGCACAACCCCCAUUUCAGGCCUUGAAGAGAGGAAAGUCAAUGGGGCUAGAACUCGUGUGUCUCGUCUCUUUGUGCUUGGCUGGCACCCAUCAUUAUGCCUGCAGAAGCGCAGUCGAAACUACAAUAACUGCAUCCAAUCACAGGCCCAGUGGGACUGGUCAGGCAUGUCAUCGACCCUACGAGUCCUUGUGUCACCUCAAUGACUGCAUCUUGGGGAGCAAGGAAACGUGGCACAUGGUCCGGCCUUGGGUGGGACACACACUGGCUCCAUGGGGGAACAGCAUGGAAAUGCUCAGAAGAAAGGAAGGUAAACGUUGCAAGGCAAACAAUCGACUCGGCAGAAUCACCUUCCGCGCGAAGAAUUUGUCAAAUGUACGGAGUACAUACUUGGGCUUUUUCCUUCCUAUACAUGGUAUUCGCAAGGUAAGUCGACAAACUGAACAAGGUCUCCAACGCAGUUUGGAAGACACGCUGCGACGCGAAAAGUCAAAUCCCAUACACCAAUGAUGUCACAGUAAUUCAACCCAAAUUGUACUAAGAAGCAAGAAUUCUCUGGCAGCUGACUCGUCCGCGGCCAAUCUCAUAAGCCCAACGUAAGUAAAAAGAACCCAAACAAGCAAAGGGGGUAUGGUACAUGUACAAAGUACGUGCUAUACAAAAACAGCACCAAAAAAAAAGUCAAUGAUGGAAAAGUCAGC